AUGCGCUUAGCAGUAAUUGUAUGUCUAGUGAUCAGUAUAGUCAUAUGUGCAGCGCUGGACCAGAAUCCGACUGGGAAGAGCAGUUGGACUGGGAAGCUGUUAGUGGUGCCAAUGGAUGGAAGUCACUGGACGGGAGUGAAGGCAGUGGCAGAAGAGAUGGGACCCAGAGGUCACACAGUGAUUGUGGUGAUUCCAGAGAUCAGUAUGCGUUUGGGUCCAGGCGAACACUACAUCACAAAGACUUUUCCAGUCCCUUAUGGGCUUGAGUUGUUCGACGAGAUGUUGACCGAGCAAGUUUGUGAAUUGACAGGGAAAUCCCUACUGGAGAUUGUGACUUCACAAGUGAGAAAUAUAUUAAAGGUGCUUAACUUAAUGGCCUCUACAAGCGAAAGUCUGUUCAAGAGCCAGGAGCUUAUAGAGUUUCUGAGAGCACAAAACUUUGAUGCUGUUUUAACCGAUCCUGCCUUACCAAUGGGGCCCAUAUUGGCAUAUAAUCUUUCCGUACCUGCGGUGUACAUGUUUAGGGGAUUUCCAUCCAAUGCUGCGGCCACCGCCUGUCCAGACCCCCCUUCAUAUAUCCCACGUUUCCUUACACUACACUCAGACCGCAUGUCUUUUAGUCAGCGUGUGCUGAACGUUCUUGUGAGCAUGCUGGAACCACUAGCAUGUAAGUUUAUUUUUUGGCCCUUUGAGGAAGUGGCAUCCAACUUCCUGCAGAGAGAUGUGAGCCUGGUUGAGAUCCUGAGCACUGCAGCAGUUUGGUUAAUGCGGUAUGAUUUCACCCUGGAGUUCCCCAAACCCCUGAUGCCCAACAUGCAUCUCAUAGGAGGAAUUAACUGUGAAAUAAGAAACCCAAUGACGAAGGUGAGCAUCACCUUUAUACUCAUCACAUGA